AUGACCUUUCAAGCCAACCAUCUCUACAGCAAUGGUCCUGAUAUUCAAGGCGCAUUUGGGGUGGACAGCGUGCCCCUCACGAUCGUCGCCCACAUAAUAUCCUACCUGGAGGACGACGUCGCCUCUCUUGCCCAGUUAUGCCGCACCUCACGCGUCCUCUUCUACAUGACUCUUCCACAUCUGUGGAACAAUGUGGCCUUGAAAUCAUACAGCAGCAUCCGCUACAAAGAUGAACUCCCCGAGGGCUUUGGCGGUGCCAGCCCGUUUUCAAUGGGCCUCAACGCCCUAGUCACCAGGAAUGUGUCCCGUCUCGUCCGUUCCUUGGCUCUGGAAGGGGAGAUUGGCGCGGCGGACUUGGACGAGUAUGCAAGAGCCGGUCGAGUUUCGGAGAGCGAGAUGAUUCUCAACAUAGCCAUCCGUGCAGCCAUAGAUCAGUGUGUACAUCUCAGGAGCUUCAAGUGGGAUCUGGACACCAGACGACAACCCAACGUGUAUGCGGGCCUUGCAAAACUGUCCAGCCUCGAAACCCUAUGGCUAAAACUCCCUACAAACCGGUCCCCGCAACCUGUGGUGGAAGCGCCUCCUCUGCCCAACCUCAAGUCUCUGACGAUCACACACUAUGAUCCCUUCUGUUUCCCCGAUGACUUCUCGACUCUGUUCUUGCAUGCCAGCAAGCUCGAGGUCCUCAACAUGCACUUCUCGCCUCGGAUGAGAGAACGAGGCGAGACAUCCGUCAUGUUAACCCAGUUUUUCAGGAAAAACAUUGCGGCCAAGAAGAAGCUCUACCUCAAGAAAAUCGGCGUCUACAAUCUCCUCCCGUACGUAGAUGCUGCAGAAUGCGUGGAGGUCUUGGAUUCCAGCCUGUGCGAGGACUUUACCGCCUUGAACACUUUCGGGCUGGAUGAAGACGCCGUGAACGGCCGUCCUGCGACACACUUUAUCGACCGAGCCUGGAUGGUGUCUGUGGAUGAAAGAUCCAGGCCGAAGCGGCCCAAGACACUCCGUCUGGACCAGCUACACAAGCGCCAUGCAUUGGACCUGGGCAAAUCCGCCGGCCUCGAACGCUUAUAUCUUAUCAACGCACGCUACAAAGCCGAGUCGGCAGAAGUGUCUCCUCGGGCUCCCUCGACAACCACGAGCGGCAACCGCUCAGCAAGACCUACACCUACACCAAACACCAGCCUCCGCGACUUGUACCUCGACAGCAUCUGCGACGUGUGUGGCCCGACGCUGAAGCAUUUGAUUCUGCCGGCUCGAUGGCUUCUUCCGACCCAGGUAACGGCCCGACUCAUCCGCUCGUGCCCUAACCUCACACAAUUAAGCGCGGCGAUCCAGUGUGUGGACCUGGACGUGCUUCGCAUCCUUGUCCCGUUUCUAUCCAAGCUUUGGGCGAUGCGGAUCUUGAGCCCGAUUCUCGAUCUCGAAGGCGACGAGCGCGAUCGUGAUCGUGACGGCCAAGCCCCGGCGCAGCUUCCGAAGUACAACGCCGUCUCGGAAUUAUCCCACUGCCUACCGGAGCAACAGGCCACCGAGGUAUUGGAACAGAACCUGGGGACCUCGGUCAACGACUUCCCCAAGCUGCGCUACAUUGGAGUGGGAGAUGCCGUCUGGGAGGUGGGCGGUGUCGUCGAGGAGGUGGUAAGCAUGCCUGUCCAGGUCCCGAUGCAAAACGGGGCUUGGCCACCCAACGAUGUAGGGCCAGGAUCGGAGAACACCAGUACCACCCUCGGCGAUGGGUGGCACAAAGAGGUUGUGCGCCGACGGAAAAUCAAGCGUAUCCGCGCCGACGAUGUCAAGCACAUCGAGAUCUGGAAGAUGGACUCGAUGGAUAUUAUUUGA